AUGAAGUUUGACACAACUGCACUGAUAGCAACAUGGCUAUUGGGUGUCGCACAGGCAGCACCAGCCCAUGAGAAGGGAGAGUUGGAUUGUCACCCGGUUGGAGAGGCGGGAAUUAUUGCGUCACAGGAUCAUUGGACAAAUCACUACUAUGGACAUCUGCAUUACGACUUUAAGGAAUCAAGGUUAGAACCAACGGAGGAAAGAAAGGGGAAGCCAAAAAAGAAGCUUCAGUUUUACGAGUGCAAACCGCCGACAUCCAAGUUGAAUGGAACGACAGCCCAACAUUGGUUUGGACAGCUGCGAGUAGCAGAUGAACCCUCAAAGUGCGUAACGACGACAACGUGGUGGGUAAAGACGAAGGAUACAGGACCAUAUGGGGGACCAGGAUAUACAUCGAGGCCAGAAGGAAAAAAGACAGAGACAACGCUCAAAGAAUGUUCAACUUCAGAGGAAACAUUGCGGCUACAGUGGUUUGGGAUGACACGACCAAGUAAAAAGAACGUGAAUGCGGCGCUUGUGCAUAAAGGAUAUGCAGAAGAUGAGGAAGCAUUUGCAAUUUGUGGCAACGAGGAAAAUACGGACGAGGGAAAAGGGUCAUACUUCUGCCGUGCAUCCGAUAUGAGAAGCAAUGGGUUUGCUAUGUCAAUGCUGGAGACUAAGGAAGAGAAACGAGGUGAAAGUGGGGAGGACCCGCCUGCACCAGAAUGGUAUCUAGGGAAGGAAGACAUGAAAAAGGAGAAAUAG